AUGGAUUUUUGUCCGUUUGUUGUUGAGCGUGCGGCGUAUGAGUGUCUAAACGGUGACCCUAAUGAGUUCCUUGGAAGCUUCAUUGGCUCGAGCUCACGGUGCGUAAAGGGGCAGGGGCUUCUUUUUGAUUACCAAGAGAUUGGCGAUGUGUGCGUGAACACGCAGUGCAGUGGGGGUAAGCUGAGGGUGCAGUUCCUUGGCGACGAUACGUGGUACGACUGCAAUGAGGGCGAGACGGUUGCGCCGUCGGGGGGCAAAUGGAGCGGGGGGAGCAUCAGGUGCCCCAAAUAUGCCGACGUGUGCGCAGCCUUCCUCAACACCUGGGCCCUCCCAAUACCAGUCGUUGCCCUGCCACUGGUGGAGGAUCCAGACCAUGCAGAGACUUUAGUUGCGACCGUUGGUCUCAGUUCCCUUGCG